AAACAAUGCAUGAGAUGUCACUACUAAAAAAUAAGUCGGAUGGGUCGUUCGAGCGACAUCUGAAAACAUUUCAGGGGUGGCAUCACAUAGCACACAAACUACCAACCACACCGAGGAGUCAGAGCGACCUCGAAAACAACCCCUCCCUCAGUCUUAUAAAGAGCAGCACGGAGACGACUGAAGUUUCUCUACGCUUACAACGUGUCAUUUUCGGGUUUGUAACACGAGGUUCUUUUGCAUUUAAUAAUGGCACCAGCAAAGAAGGGGAUUCUGGAGCGCCUUGACAAGGGCGAAAUAGUAAUCGGAGACGGGGGAUUUGUGUUCGCCUUGGAGAAGCGGGGUUACGUCAAAGCGGGGCCGUGGACUCCCGAGGCGGCGGCCGAGCAUCCUGAAGCCGUCCGACAGCUGCACAGAGAGUUCUUGAGGGCGGGCUCAAAUGUCAUGCAGACUUUUACCUUCUAUGCAAGUGAUGAUAAACUUGAGAACAGAGGCAACGUUGUUCGGUUCACGGGUCAGCAAAUCAAUGAGGCGGCUUGUGACCUUGCCAGAGAGGUGGCCAGUGAGGGUGAUGCCCUGGUGGCAGGCGGAGUCUCUCAGACACCCUCCUACCUGAGCUGCAAGAGUGAGGAUGACGUUAAGGCCACCUUUAAAAAGCAGAUCGAUGUCUUCAUCAAGAAGGAUGUUGACUUCUUGAUUGCUGAGUAUUUUGAGCAUGUGGAGGAAGCAGAGUGGGCUGUUCACGUCCUGAAGAGUACAGGGAAACCGGUGGCAACCACCCUGUGUAUUGGACCUGAGGGAGACCUGAAUGGAGUCAGUCCUGGGGACUGUGCUGUCAGGCUAGUGAAGGCUGGUGCCCAGAUAGUUGGCGUGAACUGUCACUUUGACCCCAUGACGUGUGUGAAGACUGUGAAGCUGAUGAAGGAGGGAGUGGAACGAGCGGGUCUGAAGGCCCACUUCAUGGUGCAGCCCCUGGCUUACCACACACCUGACUGCAAUCGCCAGGGCUUCAUCGACCUGCCAGAGUUCCCCUUUGCCCUGGAACCCAGAAUUCUGACCAGAUGGGACAUGCAGCAGUAUGCCAGGGCAGCGUACAACGCUGGCAUCCGCUACAUCGGCGGGUGCUGCGGGUUUGAGCCGUACCACAUCCGUGCCGUAGCGGAGGAGCUGGCCACUGAGAGGGGAUUCUUACCUGCUGCCUCUGAGAAACAUGGGACGUGGGGCAGCGGCCUGGAUAUGCACACAAAGCCCUGGGUCAGAGCCAGGGCACGCCGUGAUUACUGGGAGAAGCUGAAACCAGCAUCUGGACGACCUUUGUGUCCCUCCAUGUCCUGCCCAGAUGGCUGGGGAGUGACCAAGGGCCACGCGGAUCUGAUGCAACAGAAAGAGGCGACAACGGAGGAGCAGCUGAAGCAGCUCUUCCAGAAAGCCCCGGCUAAAUGAUCCUGUUCAGAGCCUCUGAGUUCAUUCCUUUAAGAUUGCUCACAGUACACAUUAACUAAAGCUGUGCUUACACUUUCAGGACCAGUCUUAGGUAGCCCGUUUAUCAUAAAGGAAUGCUCACUACUGA